UCUGAGGAAUGCGCGUACGAAGCGUUAUAGACAGCCACCCUCACCAACUCAACGCAAUCAACAGUAUCGUCCAUCGACAUCAGGGCCGUCAAGAGGGCCUAUGACAAGACCGCGAUGCUUCUGCUGUGGAAAACCAGGCCAUGUGAGGGACGAUUGUUGGUAUCGAGAAUGGACCUGCAACGGAUGCGGAGCACGGGGACAUCUACAAGCCAAUUGCAAGGAGCGGACGCAACACGAGAAAAAGCCGAUCAAGAAGAUGCAGCAAAACAAAGAAUCGAGCGAGUCCGAGCCGGAGUCGGAAUGGUUAAAGUAAAAGAGCGAGAGUUGAACAUGGAGGUCGACGGCGGCGC